CACACGAGGUUUGAAAAAAUUCCAGCGCUUUGGUUGUAAACCACUUAACUGUUUAGGUUUCGGUUGUCAUUUUUCCGGGCUUUCUUGUUAGAUAACACUAUUAAUAAUCUCGUCAUCCGGCAAAGAAGGUUUAUUGCUAAACAUUAAGAAUGCAGCCUGCAACAGCAAAGUGGUAUGAUAGAAGAGACUCUGUUUUUGUAGAGUUCUGCGUGGAAGACAGUAAAAAUGUCAAAGUAAAUUUUGACAAAUCUAAAAUGGAAUUUAGCUGUGUCAGUGGGACAGAUAAUGUCAAACAUCACAAUACAUUGGAACUUUUUGGGGAAAUUGACCCUAAAGACUCCAAGCACAGACGCACCGACAGAUCUGUCUUGUGUUGUUUACGAAAAGCAGAACCUGGGAAGUCAUGGCCACGGCUUACCAAAGACAAGGCAAAGUGUAACUGGCUGAGCGUGGAUUUUAAUAACUGGAAAGACUGGGAGGACGAGUCAGAUGAGGACUUGUCAAGUUUUGACAAAUUCUCAGAGAUGAUGAACAGCAUGGGUGGGGAUGAUCUACCUGAUUUAGAUGGUGCAGAUGAAGAGCAUGAUUCUGCAGAUAGUGAUGAUGAAAAAAUGCCGGACCUUGAGUAGACCAACACAGCUGCCACCCCACUAGUUAACAAAGGUUGUAAGGCCGUUGACAAGAAACUAGUCAUGAGUUGGCGGCCUGUUGAAGAGUCAUCUUUCUACUCUGUUUCCAAAGCGACAUCCCUCAAUGAAGUGACUGUUGGAUACCAACACAUACAGACAUACAGUGCUGUGCUUUGCUGUAUUUUCUGUUUUUGUUUGUUUUGAUUUCUGCAUGGACAAUUCUGUUCAAAUUAAAAUGUUAUUGUUCCUUGACUUAAUGACUGUAAUGGGAUGUGCUGAUGUCUUACACCUACUUUCCCUUUUUUUCAAUGUCACGUUUAUGCAACACAUUAUUUCUAAUGAAAACAAAAACCCUCAGAAGGCCUACUUUACAAACGUAAAAUUUUUUAUGAUAGAUUUUCCCCUUUGUUUGUAUUGUAAAUUGCACUUAUGUUUAAUAUCAACUGCGAGAGUUCUGCUUCAAAUUGGUAUUCAGUGUGUUCCACUAUUUUCAGCUAUUUUAUUUAACAGUAAUUUCAUUUUUAAACAUGUUGCAUCAUUUAAA